AUGUCGUUGACAGUCCUGUCCGACGGGCAGAUCCAAACGCUCCUCGAGAGCCUCGACAGGGAAGACACCAACGCCUUCAAGUUUGGCCUGAAGAGUGCCCUUCACGCCUAUUCAACCGGCCAGCAGACGGGCGGGGGCCCCUCCAUAGACCAGCCGGAGAGGACAAUCACGCACUCGGAAGGCAAUGGCACGACGACGCUCUUCAUGCCCUCGUGCGCACCUAACGGCCACGGAGUCAAGGUCGUCACAUUAUCCUCUGCCAAUGCUGACCCGUCCCACCCGGUCGUGCGGCCUACUGGCUCGAUCACUCUCUUCUCACCAGAGGGCGAGCCCAUGGCCCUGCUCCACGCAAAGACCCUCACGGCUUUCCGCACAGCACUUUCCUCAACCUGCCUGCUCGAGAAGCGCAGUGUUGUCAGGACCCUGACCGUCUUCGGGUGCGGGCUCCAGGCGUACUGGCACAUCCGGCUGGCCCUCAAGGUGAGGGGCGACACGAUCCGGCACGUCAACAUCAUCAACCGCCAGUUCAGCGAGAACGCCAAGCACAUAAUGAAGAAGUUCUACGCGAUCCCGAGCGCCGUCAAGCACGCGGAGGGUUGGGAGGCGGCAAAGUUCAGUAUCGUGACGCCCUCGUUCGGCGACUACAGCCGGAUCGAGGCGGAGAACAUUGCCGACGCCGACGUCAUCUACUGCUGCACGCCGAGCACGCAGGAGCUCUUUGACGCCGAGGUCCUCACCAACCGCGAGGCCAGGAGGAAAGGCAGGCUCAUUGUGGCCAUCGGCAGCUACACGCCCGCCAUGAGGGAGCUCCCCAGGGAUCUGCUGCACCGGGCGGUGCGCACGCACGAGCAUGGCCACCGGCAUUUCCACAAGCAUGCGGUGGAGGGCGGCGUGGUGAUUGUCGACACGAUCAGUGGUGCGCUCAAGGAGGCCGGCGAGAUCAUUGAUGCUGGACUAGACCCGAGGCAACUUGUGGAACUCGGAGAACUAGUCAUGAUCCACCAGAUCACACAGCAGGAACAGGAACAACAAGACGCGGCCGCUGCUCGAGCUUCGCAGUCAUCAGAAUCCUCAUCCCUGGCCGAGUCCCUCGAAGGCAUGAAACCUUUCUCUCGUUCGAGCACGGGCGGCGGCGGCGGCAGCGCAAUGUCCAGCGUGUACGGCACCAACUCGUCCACAAGCGAGGCGGCGAGCAAGCGCUCCUCGUCGCGCAGCCCGAGCCGUAGCAAGAGCGGGAGCAUCGCAAGCAGCAUCUCUCACGCGCUGCACCGGCGCAGCUCGAGCCGGUCGUCCAUCGAUGGCCGGCAGGACAAGCACCAUCACCACCAACAACACCACCAGCAGUUUGAAGCGGCAGCAACACCUACGCCGCAGACCGCUGCCGACCACACUGGCAGCGAGAAGCGAGGCUCGGCCUCGACGUCGUCGUCAGACUCGAAGCAGCAGCGGGAGAGCCACCUGGCCCGCUGGCUGCACGACGGCAACGUCAUCUACAAGUCGGUCGGGAUGGGCCUGAUGGACCUCGUCGUGGGCCAGCAGGUCGUCCACGUGGCUCGAUGCAACGGGUUCGGCACCGAGGUCGAGAACUUCUCGUCCGUCGCGACUGCGGCGGGUGGUGGUGCUGCCUCAGCCGGGGAUGGCCAACCAGCUCACGCUCAUGCGCUGCCUCCUCAUCCUCCGGCCGAAUCUUGA